AAGCUGUUACCCGAGAUUUCAUUUUCGUUUUCUCUACUUGACAGUCAUCAGUCGAAGUGUAUAUUAGGAAGAUGCAUUUUUUUGUACACAAAACCAUCGGGUGAGAGGAAUGGUGACACUGAAUUUUGAAGUAGUAUUGGCGACAGUGUAGCUGAUUUCUGCCAUAUAGUAAUAUUACACUGCGGUGACUGUUUGGAGGAGCAGGUUCCAGAAAGAAGUUCAUUAAUCAGCCCUUUAAGUUUGAAGUGAGAUGGAGGAAAUGCGGCUGUAUGAGUAUCAGGCGGAGGUGGUGCAGCCAGCCCUGGACGGAAGAAACAUCAUCAUCUGGCUGCCCACGGGAGGGGGGAAGACACGAGCGGCUGUAUAUGUGGCCAAGAGGCAUCUGGAGAGCACACGUGAGGCCAAGGUGGCUGUCUUAGUCAAUAAGGUUCAUCUGGUGGACCAGCAUUUCUCGAAGGAGUUCCAUCCAUUCCUCGGCUCUGAGUACAAAGUUGUGCCCAUUAGUGGAGAAAGUGCAGAGAAGGACUUCUUCAGCGUGGUGGUGAAGAGCAGCGACGUGAUCAUCUGCACUGCUCAGAUCCUGGAAAAUGCCUUGAAGAGCACAGAAGAGGAGAAGCACGUGAAGCUUACAGACUUCACCCUGCUGAUCAUCGAUGAAUGCCACCACACCCAAAAGGAGACGGUUUACAACAAGAUUAUGGGCCCCUAUGUGGAGCAAAAGCUCACCGGGGAGAAGAACUUGCCCCAGGUGCUGGGCCUCACUGCCUCCCUUGGAACGGGGGGAGCCAAGACUUUCGAUGGUGCUAAGAAACACAUUUUGCAGGUUUGUGCAAACCUUGACGCCUCGGCCAUCAUGUCUCCCAAGAAUCAUGCCAUGGAGUUACAGCAGAGAGUCCCCAGACCCGUAAAGAUCUAUGACAUCGUUCAGGAGAGGCUGAAGGAUCCAUUUGGAGACCAUGUCAAGUGGAUGAUGCAGGAGAUUCAUGAGUUCAUGGACCUUAAGGAUGUCUUUAAUGGGUUCGGAACACAGGAGUAUGAGGCCAACGUGGUGCUCUUGGAGAAGAAAGGUGUGGAGCAGAGGAACCGCCAACUGGCCCAGUGCGCCAGGCAUCUGCGUUACUAUAACAACGCCCUGCUGAUCAAUGAUAGCGUGCGCAUGGUGGACGCCCUCAAUGUCCUGGAUGAUUUCUACAGCAACGAGAAGAUCAAGCGGAUUGGGCUGGAUGCCACUGACUGGUUCCUGUUUGGUCUUUUCGAAGAAAAUCAAACUGAGCUGAAAGUGUUGGCUGGUAUGACCCAGCACGAGAAUCCCAAGCUGGCUCAGCUGGAGAGCACCUUGCUGCAGCAGUUCGGGUCGCAGGCUGGUUCCCGUGGGAUCCUCUUCACGAAGACCCGCGUAAGCACCCGCUGCUUGUACGAUUGGAUCUUGGCCAACCGCGCUCUACAGGACGCCAGCAUCAAGGCCGCGGUCCUCACUGGGGCAGGAAAUCAGAUCAGUCACAUGACCCAGAAUGAACAGAAGCAGACCAUCAGGCGCUUCCACGAGGGCCACCUCAACCUGCUCAUCUCCACCAGCGUCGCUGAGGAAGGCCUGGACAACCCCGCCUGCAACUUGGUGGUGCGGUACGGGCUGCUGACCAACGAGAUCGCCAUGCAGCAGGCCAGCGGGCGGGCACGGGCCGAGAACAGCGUGUACUCCGUGGUAGCAUCGAAGGGGGGGCGGGAGAUUCAGCGUGAGAAAACCAAUGAGUACCUGGAGGAGCUGACCCAGCGGGCUAUUCAUGAGGUGCAGCAAAUGAACCCCCGUCACUUCCAGCAGCAGAUGGGUGAGAUACAGAAGGAGACCAUGAUCACCCAAAGGAUGGCAGGGCUACAGAUGAGGCAGAAGCAGAACCGCCACGACCCGGCGAGUGUCACGCUGUCAUGCCGGACCUGCUACAUCGCCGUCGCCCAUGGCAGUGACAUCCAGCUGAUUGAUGACACACACUACAUCAACGUCAACCCCACGUUUAAGAAGUACUACAGAGCUGGGGGACAAGUGCAUCUGGAGAAGUCAUUCAAAGACUGGAAUCCAGGCCGUAGAAUCAGCUGCGCUGCAUGUGGUGUGGAGUGGGGUAUGGAGAUCAUAUAUAAGAAUGUCAUCUUGCCCAAUCUGGCCAUCAAGAAGUUUGCCCUGGUGACAAAGGAUCGUACCACUACUGUAAAGAAGUGGAAGGACGUCCCUUUUCCCAUACAAGAAUUCAGCUACACAGACUACUGCCUCACCAAUUUCCCCGAUCUCUGAGAAGGUGGAUGACAUGGCAUCUCAAGUUCUCAAGCCAUGAUUUCCGGACCCACCCCCCACCCAGAAAAGACCUCCGGUUUGGUACCUUCAGCGAAAUACUUAACGGUUCGGUUAUUGUGAAUUUAAACAAAGCACUAGCACUUUAAACAAAUUUAAAUUGCAUUUUAUAUAAUAGUCAUUUUAAAUUCUUCUGUGGUUGUGACCAUCAUGAGUUAUGCACUUCUGUAGUAAAAAUGACUUGCUAACGGUCUUAUUAAAUGCUAACCUUUUAGAAAUUUUUAGAUAUACAGCCAUGGAAAAAAUUGAGACAGUACAAUUUUUGUUUCACUCAUUUCUCAUUUUAUGGGUGAGCAUCUGUGAGUGAUGUAUUAUCCAGCCUGGCUCUUCCCUUCUUCUCAUUAAUGAAGGGCUUCUUCCUUGCUUUUUGGGGCUUUAGUCCUGCUUCCAGGAGCUUGAUAUGAACUGUCCUAUCACUGCACUGAACGUUUUCCAUUCCUUUUGAAAGUCACUCGAUGUCAUCCACCGAUUCAUGAGUCACUGCCGGAUAAGCAAACGGUCACCUCUGCCGUUAGAAAGUUCCUCCCUCCCUCUACCUGGCUGGUUUCUGGUGGUUCCCAGUGUCUCCAGCUUCACCUUAUUCUUCUGUACUGCUGUCUUAGGAACAUUGGGCCUGGAAGCAGCCUGCUGUGCAGUGUAGCCUUCUGCCAGCAGGACCAGGAUUAAACCCGGAUUUAAAAAUGCGGAUUUAUUUAACAAUGUAGAGUGGUCUUAAUUUUUACCACUGCUGUAUGUAUAGCCUUAUUUACUUGUGAUUACUAUUACCAACCACUAGAUGGCAUACAUAACAUUGUUUUCCCAGCAGCAUUCAUUCUGUGGGUGACAGAAUAUUUUAAUGUAGCUACUGAAAAGUAUUCACAUGUAACUAGAUUUGCAGCAGAUAAAACCCAUGUACACAUGGAAGAAUGCAUGACCUGUAUGUGCAUAAUAUAAAAAUAUAACUGAUGAAAGGUGAUUGAUUCUCUCCACAGGUUUUUUUGAAUAAAUGUACUUGAAUCCAUGGUGUAGCUGUAGUAUGCAUCAACCAUUAAACUGAACAGGCAACCAAU